AUGGAGCUACUUCUUCUCCUCAGCGCUCUUUUCAUUCCUGUCUUACCGUUUCUUGAGCAGCACAUCGGUGUUUACGGUCGAUUAAUGUGUGGUGCUGCUCCUCUUUGCGGGAACUCUGUUCAGCUUUGGAGUAACAAAGUAUUAGGAGUAAGCCACGAAAUAGCCAGUAACACCACCGACGGGAACGGAUUUUUUCGAAUUCAUGGAAACGAAUCUUCUGUAUUUCCGCUGAACUUGCGAUUGAAGAUUAUGCAUCAUUGUCUUUCACCAUCGCCCUGCAUUCGGAAGUUGAAUCUACCGUUGCCGUCUGAGUACAUCUUCAGAGGGUCUGGUGUUUGGAAAUGGUUCGAUGCGGGACGCCUCAACUUGGCAUAUCGUUUUCCUAACGAGAAAUUGUCUUGUCAAAAUAAAACAGUAAAGUCAUAA